GUAUGAUAACAAUAAACAACCCUGAAACAAGAGAUACGCACCAACGGGACCUUCCGCUCCAAUUCGACACAAACGUACCGAAAAUAUGAGCCGAGACAGCGACAGACAGUUGGAAUAACGUCUCGUCAAGUAGCGGGGGAGUCUCGUCGGUCCUGACACAAAGGAUUUUCGAGUUUUGGUGUCAAGCCUAGGGGAGAACUAGAGUUACGGUCUGCCCCUUCCUUAGCCCCCUGUAGCUAGCUGUGGCUCAUUCCUUGUUUUUGCACACUUUGUUUUAGUCUGUUAUGCAGUUGCCAGAGGACUGUACUCGCACUCGUUCUCCUCCGCCACCUCUUCGCUCCCUCUCCCCGCUCUCUCUGGCCCUAUGUCUCGCUGGCUCUUCCCCUGGUCAGGCUCAAUCAAGAAGCGGGCCUGUCGGUACCUCUUACAGCACUACCUCGGUCACUUUCUGCAGGAGCGACUGAGCCUGGACCAGCUGGGCUUGGACCUGUACAACGGCAGCGGUGUCAUCAAGGAAAUCAACCUUGAUGUCUGGGCGGUCAAUGAGCUUUUGGAGUCUCUGGGGGCUCCACUGGAGAUAGUGGAUGGCUUUGUGAGCAGCAUAGCAGUGACCAUCCCAUGGCAAGCUCUCCUGACUGAUCACUGCACCUUAGAAGUUUCUGGUCUUCAGAUAACAUGUCGACCCAAGUACCGGACCAGUGGGGGUUGGGACUCCCAAGGCUGGUCAUCAAGCAUGACCUCCAGCAUGCAGCUGGCUCAGGAGUGCCUGAAGGACCCUCCGGAGGCGUCCGAGGAGCCGCCUGCCCAGCUGGAGGGGCUUGAGAUGUUUGCACAAACCAUUGAGACGGUCCUUCGUCGUAUUAAAGUCACCUUUAUAGAUACUAUCGUUCGCAUCGAGCACCAGCCCCUGGACCUGGAAACAGGCGUUGCCUUAGAGGUGCACAUCAAACGGCUGGAGUACUUUGACGAGGCGGUGCGAGAUCCAGCCAGCCAGACUGCCGUGCCUGUCGACAUCCACCAGCCGCCCGCCUUCCUGCACAAGAUCCUCCAGCUGAGCGCUGUUCAGCUGUUCUACGACAGCACCGGCACAGUACAGGGUCCUCAUGAAGAGGAACACCCUGAAUCAGCCACAGCAAGUGAAGGAGAAGAGGAGGAAGAACAAGAAGAUGACGAGGAGGAGGAAGAGGAAGAAGAGGAAGCAGAAGCCAAGCCCAUGACAUCUCCUCCCUGUCCUCCAUCUCAGCCACUACUCAUAGGAAGCUGCUCCGGUUUCAUCGAGACCACCGUGAAGAUCAAACAGAACGAAAUGCUGCCUGGACCAAAGUUGGAGUUGGACGGGAAGGUGGGCUGCGUCCACAUGCUGCUGUCUCCAGAUCAAAUAACCCAUCUGACAGACCUGCUGGCAGCCCUCUGCAUAGACACUGAGACAGACACGAAGUGUGGUGGAGCCCUCAGCCGUCCUUUAGACUCAGAUGACCUGCGUAUGAUUGAGGAGGACCUUAGUAAGCAGCUGGGCUCAAGUCCCAGAGACAGGGAGUGGGAAACUGAGCCCGACCUGGAACCCUACAUCACCAGCCUGGAGAAUGGAGAAAUGUUUUUCUCCAUGGGACCUGCUGGGAUGACGAGUAGCGUGACGUCUGUGCGCUCUGGCAGCGAGUUGUCAGAUAGUGAUAUGGAGUCUUCUACACACAGUGUAGCCAGCUUCACACAGCCUGCAGCGCUGUCUGCACAGGGCAUGAUGAACUGUCCCAGGAGGUAUCCUGUAGCAGGCUGUUUGUCAAGUCUACCCCAAGCAAAGACCAGAGGACGCUCGCACAGCAGCCAGGCAGAGCAGCUGAAGCCCGAUGCUCUGUUGCGACUGUCCCUCGGCGGGCUCACCCUAACUCUGCUGCAGGAGGACCCACCCUCUAAGCCUGAAGGAGCUUCGUCACUGGCUCAGGUGUCUCAGGUGUUCUUCCGAGAGCUGGCCUUCUUCAAAGACAGCAUGUUCAGCGAGAGAGACUUCCACCACCUGAGAGGGGGCUUCGCCAAGGCCUGCCCACACUCCCAUCUCAGAGUGACAGGAGCUGCAGUGCAGGUUGCCUGUGAGAUGCGGAGCGGCAGUCGCCACAGUCGGGCUGUGACCUCUGACCUUUCCUUCAGCAGACUGGAACUGUUAGAGUGCCUUUGGGAGGGCGGGAAGCCUCUGUACAGCGAGUUGCUUCAGUUCCAAAAAGCUGGUCUGUUCACAGUUGGAGCUACAGCCAGACCAUGUGCUCAGCUACACUAUGGCCUCACUGAAAAACACCUGCGUAGGGGUAAACAGCGGGUGGUACGGCGGGACAGUGUAGUGCGGGUGGAGUUGGCAGAGCUGAGCGCUGAGCUGGACCUGGACAUCCUCACUCGCCUGGGCAACCUGAGCCGAGCCUUCAGCCACUGUCCCACACAGACUGCUGUACCUGGACUCAUGCAGACCCAGAGCAGCGAGCUGUGCUCCUCCUUCACCCUCCUCUCCCCGCACGCCGUCCUCAAGCUUCGAUUCCCCAUACCGGAUCUGCGGCCCCCACCUAAGCGUCGGCCUCCCACCCAGAAAGCAGUGCGGGAAGAGACGCUGGUGCUGGAACUGACAGAGCUGGAGCUGAAGCAUCAAGAGGCCCCGGACCUCCAGAGCGAGCAGACAUUACCAGGACAGCCGUGGGCUCCCUGCCUCACCCAGCUGCUGGAGGCCUCCUUCACCGACCUGCAUGGCUCAUACGAGGGCUGGGAGGGCGGCUCUUUCCCCUGUAUCAGAGUGAAGAAGAACCGUGUCUCUCUGCCAAGGAUAUCAGUGCGUGUGCGUGGCGGUGAGACUCAGGGCCCGACAGCAGGUCUGGGUGGGAUGAACCUCAUCAGGGAUCUCGGGGCCGCCUUCUUUGAAAGUCACUGUGAACUUAACGACAAAACCAGCUCCCCGUUCUCCUCCAACCGCACCAUGUUCGAGACUGAGGAGAUGGUGAUUCCAGCUGACCCAGAGGAGAUGCGUCAGUUUCAGGCGCAGUGUGUCGCUCAGUGUCAGUGUGCGGUGGACAUCUGCCUGCCACUGGCUUACGUCCUCCUGCCCAGCAAACAGGCCUUCCAGAGCUUCUACAACAGGAUCAAUAAUGAUCUGUUGAUGUGGGAGCCUCCUCCCCCCCCAGCCCACAGCCCCGACCACAGCCGUCAAAAACACGACGAGUUCCAGCUCUGCAAGUCGGCCUUCAGACUGGACUCUGAUUCAGAGGAGGACGAGCCUCAGUUCUACUUGGCCAGUGAAUCAUCGGGAAAGACGCAACAGUCAGCGACCCGGCCUAACCACAACCUCAGCCUCCUCUCCCUCACUGUGAUCAUCAACAAAGGUCGGCUCCAAGCCAGAACAGACAAAAAGGAGGACCAGAGUCAUGGGGAAAUUGUGCUCGACCUGGAAGGGGGGAAGAUAUUUAGUGUAGCGCAGCACCAGAACGAUCCAAAUCUAAAUUUCUUGUGUUUGGAGAGCAGAAGAGUUGAACUCUACCAUCGAGCGGUGGUGAAGGACACCCCCAUCCCACAGCGGUUGGAAAUGCCCAACUUCACUCCCCCAAAGCAUUUGGACCCUACCAUCUACCCCACAGAGGUGGGUGUGGCCAGUGUAAGCGGCAAGGAGGGGGAGGUACAGAUGUUGUCCACAGCCAUCAAAAUCACACUGGACCCACAGAGGAGUGUCAAGGAGUUCCUAGUCGCCCUUCGACUUCAAGGUGCCACCAUGCGACAUUACAUGACACAGACUAAUCACAGCUGGCAUGAGCAGCUGGUUGAUUUCCUGGAUGUCAUCGACGAUCCCAUUCUGGGAUACACAGCACCUGCCGUCAUCACUGUCCUCCACACACAUCUCGCUACCUGUGCCGUCGACUACAGACCUCUGUAUCUGCCACUGCGCGUGUUGUUCACAGCAGAGUCCUUCUCUCUGUCCAGUAAUAUCAUCGUUGACACUGCCACCUUCCACCUCAGAUUCAUCCUGGAUGACUCUGCUCUCUACCUCUCUGACAAAUGUGAGACUGACACCGUAGACUUGAGGAGAGACUAUGUGUGCGUCUUGGACAUCGACCUGCUGGAGCUCGCCAUCACCACAUGGAAAGGCAGCGAUACAGGCAAGCUGUCUCAGCCUCUCUUUGAGCUUCGUUGCUCCAACAACGUGGUUCACCUUCAUACCUGUGCUGAUUCCUGCGCCGCCCUUGUCAACCUGCUGCAGUACCUGGUCUCCCAGGGUGACCUGCACCCCCCGCCACGACAUGCCUCACCCACCGAAAUUGCUGGCCAGAAAUUACCACUGUCAGAAAGUCCUGCGUCGGUGCUACCCUGCCCUCCAGCUGAAACCGCUGAGAUCAACCAGUACGACCUGGCUGAUGCCUUAAUCGACACAGAGAAGAGCCACCGAGAAGAGAGCUUAGAUCCAGGUUCACCCUCCAUGCCGAGAGGCUCGCCUGUCUCCGUCUACCUGUUCCCUGGUGAAGCUCCGAAGCGCAGCCCCUCUGACCUGCAGGGGGACGACUCUGAGCUUGAUGGCCUGGUUGCCACAGCAACGGAGGCACAGGCAGAUAUGAUGUCAGAGGAAGGCUCCGAGGGCUCCACCGACAAUGAUGACUUUUGUAUCCUCGAGGCUCCCGGCAUGGGCAUUCCUCCCAGGGACGGGGAGCCCGUGGUGACGGUGUUGUCUCAGGGGCCCAUCAAGGUGAAGGACAGUCACUUCUCCAGGCCUCGAGGCAGCUCUGAUCUGCUCCGAGCCCCCAGCCGCUUUCCAGUGCCCCAGAGCAGGGUGGUGCUGCGGGAGAUCUCUGUGGUCUGGCAUCUCUACGGGGGCAAGGACUUUGGCGGCAAGCCCAUGUCCAUACAUGCCCAGCAAGCAAACAGAGGCCGUUCAGUCCCUGCUGGUGUUCGUGGGUCCCCAUCUCGCUCCGUCGCUCCUUCUCGGCCCCAGAACUCCUGGCGCUGGGCUGGAGGCAGCGGGCGUCAGCACACACUGCUGAUGGAGAUCCAACUCACCAAGGUGUCCUUCCAGCAUGAGUCCUACCCAGUGGCAGUAGCAGGUCAGGAUGGGGAGGGCUCAGUGGCAGUCGGGGUCGGUCCUGGUGGUGAGCAGCCCCUCUCCAGGCAGGUGUUCAUCGUGCAGGAGCUGGAGGUUCGAGACCGACUGGCCUCUUCACAAAUCAACAAAUUCCUCUACCUCUACACCAGUGAGAGCAUGCCCCGCCGAGCCCACUCCAACAUGCUGACAGUGAAGGCCCUGCAGGUGUGUCCAGAGUCUGGCCUCGGUGGUCCAGAGUGCUGUCUCCGAGUCAGCUUGCUGCCACUACGACUUAACAUUGACCAGGACGCACUGUUUUUCCUGAAGGACUUUUUCAGUAAUCUAGCUUCCUUUGUUAACCCUUACCUGCCAGUGGACCCUGCAACUGAAGUGAAGGCAGACUCCUCCCAGAAGCCGUCUGAAGAAGCGGAAUCAGCCGCUGGUCUGGGACCUGACCUCACAGCUUCUGUGGAGACUACCUACAGUGAGCAGAGCUCCUCCUCUGCCGGCUCCACCUCCUCCUCUGACCAGCCGAUCUACUUCCGGGAGUUCCGAUUCACCUCUGAAGUGCCUAUCUGGCUGGACUAUCAUGGCAAACAUGUCGUCAUUGAACAGGGAACGUUUGCAGGGAUUCUGAUCGGUCUGGCCCAGCUGAACUGUUCUGAGUUGAAGUUGAAGAGGCUCUGCUGUAGACAUGGUCUCCUCGGUGUGGACAAAGUGAUCCAGUACGCCGUCACAGAGUGGCUGACGGACAUCAGAAAGAAUCAGCUGCCGGGUAUCCUCGGAGGCGUUGGCCCCAUGCACUCAGUUGUCCAGCUAUUCCAUGGAGUGAGGGAUCUCUUCUGGCUGCCCAUAGAGCAGUACAGGAAGGAUGGGCGCAUUAUUCGAGGUCUCCAGAGGGGGGCAGCAUCCUUCGGCACCUCCACAGCAUCAGCUGCUCUGGAGCUCAGCAACAGGCUUGUGCAGGCCAUACAGGCCACAGCAGAGACGGUGUACGACAUCCUUUCUCCAACUCCCCCCCUGAACCGCUUCGCCAUCACAGAGGGCCGGGCCCCACCCAGCCGGCCCCGCAGAGCUGCUCAGCCUGCAGAUCUUCGAGAGGGUGUUGCCAAGGCCUACGACACUGUCAGAGAGGGAGUGAUUGACACGGCUCAGACCUUGUGCGAUGUAGCAUCCCGCGGCCACGAACAGAAGGGUCUGCCCGGCGCUGUGGGUGGCGUUCUGCGGCAGAUCCCGCCCACCGUGGUCAGACCCUUAAUAGUGGCUUCUGAAGCCACAUCCAAUCUGCUGGGCGGCAUGCGGAACCAGAUCAAACCAGACGCCCGGAAGGAGGAUUUCCUGAAGUGGCGCACGGAGGAAGGCCAAGAAUGAUGACGACUUUUUUUUUUUUUUUGUCUGUUUGAGAGAGAAAGUGUGCGUGUGCGUGUGUGUGUGUGUGUUCAUGAUUUAGGGAGGUCUCAGCUAAGGGAGUGAAUCCAGGGUCUGAAUGUGUAUUUGCAUGUGUGUAUGGACUAAUGAGAGUCAGUGUGCGCUCCAAUGCAAAAACAAAACGACAACUAACGACUACUGCAGUUACUGUCACUUGGUGUUUUACGUGGCUCCAUCAUACAUUGAUUUAACCAUCCUGUUUUUCAUUCAGCAAGAGCUCUCCCCAUAUUCCUCCCCUCAGUAAUACACAAGUCUGCAGAUUCUCCUGAACUGUCAGUGCAAACAUAUCACCGUCACGCUCAGCUAGCUUCAUUUUAAAUCCAAGGGCAGGAAGGAUUGUCACUCUCAAGGUUUCCUUGUUGGUAAGAGACGCAGAUUGUGGGCACUUCAUUUACUCUUUUUCAUGCUGCUCGAAGCUGCGUUCUGAUUUUAAGUAGUGAUUUCUGGCACAAGUUGACCUUCUACCAAGGUGCAUGGAGAACAGAGAGGGGUCAAAACUCCAGCAGCACUUGCAGUAUUUGUGAAACCAACAUGUUUCAGCUUUUGGACCUCAUGGGACUAUUUCAUGAACCUUAGAAGAAGGUGAACUUGUGCCAGAAGUCUCUUCUCUUUGUAUUCUAAUUCACUCAUAACCAGCUGCAGACUGUUUACCUUUUUAGGGUGCAAUGUGAUGAACAGAUGAAUCAUGUGACCAGAGCUUUGGUCUGCUUGUUGUCCUGUGAUGCUUGCAGUGAAGACAGGGAGAAUAUUUUAAUGAAGUGUCCUUUGCUAACACCCUCCAGAGGUCACAACACACUGUCUAUGGUUCAGCUUCAGCCCCACUGCACACCUGCUUCUCUCAGUGCUGUUAUUUGUGCCAUAAACCUUGCAGAGUGCCCUUUCUAACUAGUCUCUGUUGCCUUCCUCGAUCCUGCACCCUCCCUGCUACAAGUAUAACUUGUACUGGCUCAUAUGGAUGCACACCUGACAGAACAAGUUUCCUGACUGAACAGAGAUACGGAUCACAUGAAGCCUCAAAACUCUGUAGCAUAUUGGAUUCUGUUAAAGCUUCACAAAGUCACGUCGGACUUCAGUCGUCUGUAACUCGCAGUAAACUGUCCAGAUGUCAGCCAGUGGUUCUUCCUUCUGCAUUGCAGCUCAUUUGUGCUUCUCUUUCCGUGAAGAGUUAAAGACUGGGGUCUGAAUUAACCUUCUCUCCCUUCAGAAUGGCUUUGCCCUCUUCUUUAGUUGCCUUCCUGCAUUUUUUAUGUUUCUUUAUUUGUUUUUUAUUCUGUUAAAACAUUAAGUAUUGUCAUACUCGUUUCAAAAUAAGAGUUGAGAGGAUGUGAAUCUGGUGAUAAUGGAGGAUAAAAAAAAUGGGGGUUUUGUGGUUAAAAAACGUUUUACAUUUUUAUCUUUUUUGUUUAAUAAGUGUAAGGGAUGUGUCCCUCUGUGUGUGUGUAUGUAUGUGAAUGAGAGAGUGUGUGCUUGUGUGCGCGCAUGAUGCAUGUCUGUGAGGGUGACAGGUCGAUGCUUGUUACACCUCUUGUGUGUAAUUACAAUUUACUAUAUCAUAAACUGUAUGAAUGACCUGUAUAAUACAAAGACGAGGAGUAUACAAAAUUAAUACAAAAAAUAAAAAAAUUUGAGUAUAAAAACUGAA